AUGGCAGGCGAUGAUGCGGCGGAGAACAGGAAGAAGCAUUUACUCAACCUGAUUUGCGAAGUAAAAGCGAGGCUCGACGGAAAGGUGGACAGCCUCAGCUUUCCCAUUCCACAGUUUAUUGUGAUUGGGAAGCAGAGUGUUGGCAAGUCGCGCCUGAUCGAGGCCCUUGCUGGAGAGACCUUCAACUUCGUUUCAGGCUCUUUAGGAUCCAGGAGACCGACGGUGCUGGAGUUCCGGAAUGUUCCGGGUUUGAUGCCUUCCAGGUGGUCUGUCUUUGACGAGAAUCUCAAGAAAUGGUCGACGUAUCCGGUGCAAGAGGUGAUGAUCAUCGUCGGCAAUGCUCACGAGGCUUGUGGACAGAACGUCAGCGAAAUGCCCAUCCGUGUCAAGGUGGAGGGUCAAGACUGUACAGACCUUGGACUUGUGGACCUGCCUGGAUUCAGGUCCUAUGCCAAGGAUGAUGCUAUGCAGCAGCUGGCCAAAAAGAUUGACACUAUGGUGUUCAAGUUCAUGAACGAUGAGAACAACAUCAUGCUUUGUGUGGAGGAGGCUGGAGACGCUGCAGGCUUUGCCACGCUUGGGAAAGCCAAGCAAGUGGACCCGACAUACAAGCGGACCAUCCUCAUAAGGAACAAGCUCGACAAGUACUACGGUGAUCUGACACCGGAGAACAUCAACAAAUGGCUGGAGGGCUAUGGUGACCUUCCUCAGCACUUGGCACGCUUUGCCGUGUCCUUGCCGCACUGGACUGAUACGAUGCCCAAAGCGUUCGGCGAGAUGCGCAAAGACUGCGCUGACCGAGACAUGGAGACGCUGGCUUCGAAGGGUGCAUCCGCAAAGUACAAGAUGACAAUUGGGUUUCAAAACUUUAGAAACUUCAUGGAGAUCAAGAUCCAACAACUCUUUGCGGAUGCAUUGGCACCAAUGCUGACCAGACUGAAAACUAUGCAGGAGGAGCACGAGAAGAAGCUGGAUGUGAUCCGGCAGGAAACAGAGACGAUCAAUGAGGACAACAUCCUCCACGCAACGCGUUCAGCUGGAAUCACGUUUGCUCAAAGCUUCAUCUUUCUUAUGGAGGGCGCGCUGUCUUCCGAGCACAAUCGAAAGACGUUGGAAGAAGAGCUCCGGUCGUUUCAUGAGUACUGUUCGCGGACGAAGACUUUAGACGAACAGGAACUGCUUCCAGUAUCCUUUGAGGAUCUGGAUUCGUACGUUGCCUACCUUCGUGAUACGGUGAAGCUGCCCGCCAUGGACGUGUCGCUCAACGGCGGAGCUCAGUUCCGAAGGGUGAUGUACGAGGUCGAGGUGUUCACCCGCUUCGCGGGGCUCGGCAAGAAGCUGGAGCCCGUGGAUGUCAUUCAGGCGAGAGGCUCUGGCUUGAAGGAGUGCACCUGGCAGGAUACCAUUACGCAGCUAAUGAUGCAGAAUGCGCCCACUAGAAUGCGCACAAAGACGAAAUAUGUCGGGGAGCGAUUGAAGUUCUUCUUCGGAGAGCAGAAGGAGGCCACGGUGCAGUUCAUGCUCGGACUCACAGGUUCUCCGGAGGAGCAUAUGUUUUCACGCUUGAUUCCCAAGCAGGCACAGGUGAUUCAGAGAAAUGACACGAUGAAAAGAUGCAUCUUUGAUGCCUUCGAUGCUGCAUGUGACAAGCAUCGAAUUCGAUUUAUGCAGAUGUGGUGCGACUUUAUGGACAGCAUGUUCCAGUCGCCCCUCAUGCUGUUGAAGUCCGGCUCAAUGCCAUCGAUUGGCUCGGGCUACGAGGAGGAGAUUGCUCCGACUUUUGAAUCAACAAAGGCGCGCAUCCAUCAGGAGCGAAGAGGGAGAGGUACUCUGCAGACGGCCCUCAGGGAGAAAGUGAAGCAGAUCCCGGACGAAGAUGUAAUGGCCAAAGAGUCAGUCAAAAUGGUCCAAAGGAUCAUUGAGCAGACCUUUGCCGUCAUUCGAAGCGUGGUUGCGGACCACAUGCAGCUGUACUCGGAGUCCUUCUUCCUUCUCCCCAUGCUGCGACGCCUUGAAGGGGUCAUGGCUGACAUGGAGCUGCAGGAGGAGGACAAGGAGAAGUACAGAGCGCGAAAAUCCGUCCUAGAGAAGGAGAAAGCGGCGUCCGAAGGUAUGCUUGCGGACCUUACCCACUGCAUCGAAGCAGUUAAAAGAUUCAAGGUCACCUACGGUGGGGGGCACUAG